ACUUAGAGUGGUUCUCAUACACACUGCAGGAGCAGACCUUCCUGUACUGGGGUGGUAACUGGACGUAGAAGUAUUGAGGGGACUGUAGUAAACAGGGUGUACAGGGUCUAAAGAGACUUGAACUAGCUGGGAGCCACAAGUCAUCAUGGUUAUCCUGCUGGUCCUCACACUGAAGGUUGUCCUCCUCUUAGCUGCUGUGUGGAGUGUGUGUUCAGCAGAGUUGAUCACAGUGGAAGGAUAUGAGGGGGGCAAGGCAGAGAUCAGAUGCCCCUAUAGAGAGGAGUGGAGGAGCCACCAGAAGUACCUCUGUAAAGGGGAUUGUCCUGUUUUGAAUAAAAACAAAGUUAUUAAAACUGAGACAGGGAAAAACAGUGCCUCUAACGGGAGAUACUCGCUGAAGGACAACAGAGAGGAAAGUGUCUUCAUUGUGACAAUCACCAAACUGAUGAUUAACGAUGCUGGGAAAUACUGGUGUGGAGUGACGAAUUCAUUGGCAGAUGACUACACCGAAGUCAACCUUACAGUCUCUAGAGGUUCACCAACGCUAUCAUCCUUAGCCACCUCCAUCUCAUCAUCAUCAUCAUCCAUCUCUCAACUAUCAUCCAUCUCAACACCAUCAUCCAUCUCAUCAUCAACACAAAAUGGAUUUGUGGUCAUCAUAGUAUCUGGGACUCUGGUUAUGCUGCUAUUGGUGCUUGUGGUCAGCCUGCUCAUAGUCUAUAGAUGGAAGUUCAACAAGGAAACAGCUGGCUCCUCAGCACCCAGGGUGAACACAGACACUCGGAUCAACAUAGAGGGUUGUCAUGGUGAUGGUCACUAUGAAGAAAUAAAGGACCGCCCCCUACCGUCCAGUUCAGGUGGUGUGACCACCACCACCAUCUACUCCACUGCCAACUUACCCACAGGCCGCUCUGACUUCCUCAACUACGCCAGUGUCAACUUCCACAAGAUCCCCAGCUGCCCCAAUGAGGCCACUGCCGCCAUCGCUAAAAAGGGUACUUUUUCUGGUGACUAUGCCACCGUCAACAUAAGUCAAAACCCUGCCUACUCUACUGUCAUUCAUCCACACAGCUCCUCCUCCUCCUCUACUCCACAGUGAGCAAAUCCAGAGACACCUGAGUCACUGACAACCAAUCACAAGGGAGAAAAAACACACUGGCAACCAAUCACAAGAAACAUGUCAUGAACUACGUUUGCCACUAACAGCCUCUUGAACAUUGAGCUCUGUUUUUAGCUGACAGCUAGAUAAUGUGCUUCAUGUCCUCACAAUGUGUUUCCCUGACUUCUCUCUUCCAUGAUAUGUGUUUCCCUGACUUCUCUCUUCCAUCAGAUGUGUUUCCCUGACUUCUCUCUUCCAUCAGAUGUGUUUCCCUGACUUCUCUCUUCCACCAGAUGUGUUUCCCUGACUUCUCUCUUCCAUCAGAUGUGUUUCCCUGACUUCUCUCUUCCACCAGAUGUGUUUCCCUGACUUCUCUCUUCCACCAGAUGUGUUUCCCUGACUUCUCUCUUCCAUCAGAUGUGUUUCCCUGACUUCUCUCUUCCAUCAGAUGUGUUUCCCUGACUUCUCUCUUCCAUCAGAUGUGUUUCCCAGACUUCUCUCUUCCAUCAGAUGUGUUUCCCUGACUUCUCUCUUCCACCAGAUGUGUUUCCCUGACUUCUCUCUUCCAUCAGAUGUGUUUCCCUGACUUCUCUCUUCCACCAGAUGUGUUUCCCUGACUUCUCUCUUCCAUCAGAUGUGUUUCCCUGACUUCUCUCUUCCAUGAUAUGUGUUUCCCUGACUUCUCUCUUCCAUGAUAUGUGUUUCCCUGACUUCUCUCUUCCAUCAGAUGUGUUUCCCUGACUUCUCUCUUCCAUCAGAUGUGUUUCCCUGACUUCUCUCUUCCAUCAGAUGUGUUUCCCAGACUUCUCUCUUCCAUGAUAUGUGUUUCCCUGACUUCUCUCUUCCAUCAGAUGUGUUUCCCUGACUUCUCUCUUCCAUGAUAUGUGUUUCCCUGACUUCUCUCUUCCAUCAGAUGUGUUUCCCUGACUUCUCUCUUCCAUCAGAUGUGUUUCCCUGACUUCUCUCUUCCAUCAGAUGUGUUUCCCUGACUUCUCUCUUCCAUGAUAUGUGUUUCCCUGACUUCUCUCUUCCAUCAGAUGUGUUUCCCUGACUUCUCUCUUCCAUCAGAUGUGUUUCCCUGACUUCUCUCUUCCACCAGAUGUGUUUCCCUGACUUCUCUCUUCCAUCAGAUGUGUUUCCCUGACUUCUCUCUUCCAUGAUAUGUGUUUCCCUGACUUCUCUCUUCCAUGAUAUGUGUUUCCCUGACUUCUCUCUUCCACCAGAUGUGUUUCCCUGACUUCUCUCUUCCAUCAGAUGUGUUUCCCUGACUUCUCUCUUCCGUGAUAUGUGUUUCCCUGACUUCUCUCUUCCAUGAUAUGUGUUUCCCUGACUUCUCUCUUCCACCAGAUGUGUUUCCCUGACUUCUCUCUUCCAUCAGAUGUGUUUCCCUGACUUCUCUCUUCCAUCAGAUGUGUUUCCCUGACUUCUCUCUUCCAUCAGAUGUGUUUCCCUGACUUCUCUCUUCCAUCAGAUGUGUUUCCCAGACUUCUCUCUUCCAUCAGAUGUGUUUCCCAGACUUCUCUCUUCCAGAUGUUUCCCUGACUUCUCUCUUCCAUCAGAUGUGUUUCCCAGACUUCUCUCUUCCACCAGAUGUGUUUCCCAGACUUCUCUCUUCCACCAGAUGUGUUUCCCUGACUUCUCUCUUCCAUCAGAUGUGUUUCCCUGACUUCUCUCUUCCAUCAGAUGUGUUUCCCUGACUUCUCUCUUCCAUGAUAUGUGUUUCCCUGACUUCUCUCUUCCAUCAGAUGUGUUUCCCAGACUUCUCUCUUCCACCAGAUGUGUUUCCCUGACUUCUCUCUUCCAGAUGUUUCCCUGACUUCUCUCUUCCAGAUGUUUCCCUGACUUCUCUCUUCCAUCAGAUGUGUUUCCCAGACUUCUCUCUUCCAGAUGUUUCCCUGACUUCUCUCUUCCAUCAGAUGUGUUUCCCUGACUUCUCUCUUCCAUCAGAUGUGUUUCCCAGACUUCUCUCUUCCAUCAGAUGUGUUUCCCAGACUUCUCUCUUCCAGAUGUUUCCCUGACUUCUCUCUUCCACCAGAUGUGUUUCCCUGACUUCUCUCUUCCAUCAGAUGUGUUUCCCAGACUUCUCUCUUCCAUCAGAUGUGUUUCCCAGACUUCUCUCUUCCAGAUGUUUCCCUGACUUCUCUCUUCCAUCAGAUGUGUUUCCCUGACUUCUCUCUUACAUCAGAUGUGUUUCCCAGACUUCUCUCUUCCAUCAGAUGUGUUUCCCAGACUUCUCUCUUCCAGAUGUUUCCCUGACUUCUCUCUUCCAUCAGAUGUGUUUCCCUGACUUCUCUCUUCCAUCAGAUGUGCUUCCCUGAUGUCUCUCUUCAACUUGUCUUCAUGUCAUUUAAUUGCAUGUUAAUAUCUGCAGAUAAAUAUUGUCUCACUAUUUGGCAAGCACUUAAAAAGGUAUCACACCUUUUGACCAAGGCAUUAUAACUGUCUAUUAACUGUGUUUUUUUUACACAUUUGUAAAUGAUUAAAUAAGCAUUAAUGAUGUCUUGAUAAACUCCUGAUAAAGGGUGCCUUUAAAAACAGCCCUUUUAGCUUGGCCUUUAACCAGUGAUUGUUUUAGACGUCCUGUGUGUUUUAUGUUCUUUAAUUUAUCCUUUUUACUGCUUCCUGUUUGCUUCUACUUUUUCAUUUGAUUGUUUUAUUGUGAAUUGUGUUGCGAUUGUAAAUGCAAUUUAAAUUAAAGGGGAAGUGCAGUUAAAAA